AUGGAGUUUCUUGAAAGAACUUAUCUUGUGAAUGACAAAGCCACUAAGAUGUAUGCCUUCGCCCUAGACAGUGUGGAACUCCAGCAGAAAACCUUGAAUAAAAAUCAAUGUCCUGGAGAGAAGCCAGAGGAGCUGGAUUCGGGAGCCAUCUAUCACUGCCACGGCAGCUCCAAGGCCACAGAGAACAGAGCAAAUGAGCAAGUCUACGCCAAGUGGAAACUCUGUGCUGCUUCGGGAAUAUGCUUCGUCUUCAUGAUUGCAGAGGCUGUGGGAGGGCACAUUGCUGGGAGUCUUGCUGUCGUCACAGAUGCUGCCCACCUCUUAAUUGACCUGACAAGUUUCCUGCUCAGUCUCUUCUCCUUGUGGUUGUCAUCAAAGCCCCCCUCAAAGCAGCUGACAUUUGGAUGGCACCGGGCAGAGAUCCUCGGUGCCCUGCUGUCCAUCCUGUGCGUCUGGGUGGUGACUGGUGUGCUCGUGUAUCUGGCAUGUGAGCGCCUGCUCUACCCUGAUUACCAGAUCCAUGCGACUGUGAUGAUCAUCGUUUCAGGCUGUGCAGUGGCAGCCAACAUUCUACUAAGUGUGAUUCUGCACCAGAGACAUGCUGGACACAAUCACAAGGAACUGCAAGCCAAUGCCAGUGUCAGAGCAGCUUUUGUACAUGCCCUGGGAGAUCUAUUUCAGAGCAUCAGUGUAUUAACCAGUGCACUUAUUAUCUACUUUAAGCCAGACUAUAAAAUGGCUGACCCAAUCUGCACAUUUGUCUUUUCCAUCCUGGUUUUGGCCAGCACCAUCAGUGUCUUAAAGGACUUCUUCACCUUACUCAUGGAAGGUGUGCCAAAGAACAUGAAUUACAACGAUGUGAAAGAGCUCAUCUUAGCAGUGGAUGGAGUGGUGUCUGUGCACAGCUUGCACAUCUGGUCUCUAGCAAUGAACCAAGUGAUUCUCUCGGCUCAUGUUGCUGCAGCAGCCAGCCGGGACGGCCAGGUUGUUCGAAGAGAGAUUGUUAAAGUCCUCAACAAUAGCUUUACUGUGCAUUCACUCACCAUUCAGAUGGAAUCUCCAGCUGACCAGGAUCCUGGCUGCUUUUUCUGUGAAGACCCCCGGGACUAG